CUGACAGUUACAGCCAGUUACAACAGCACCUCUUCCUGGUCUAGGCGGAGUGAAUUAAAAACCAUGUGCCUCUUCCUCUUUCACUCUGUUCAGCUGCUAGCCAGAGUGAACUUGACUGAACGCCCAGGACACGCUCAUACAGGACUCAGCCGCUCAAGCAGGUAUCUGUGGACAUGUUCGCUGUGUGGUGUGCGCUAGCUCUGCUAGCUCUUCUCCCCCUGUCUCAGACUGCCAACCCUGGUGUCAAGGUCAAACUUACACAGAAAGGGCUGGAAUAUGGCAGACAGAUUGGGAUGGCUACUCUGCAGAGUAAGCUGAAGUCCAUCAAGCUGCCAGACAUGUCGGGGAAAGUGAAGGUGUCUCACAUUGGCAAAGUCAAAUACAGAAUAACUGGGAUGCGGAUCGUUUCCCUUGGGCUGCCCAAGUCCACCGUGGGGCUGGUGCCCAACACCGGAGUCAGUGUGUCCAUUCAGAACGCCUUCAUCAACCUCCGCGGCAACUGGAGGGUCAGAUACCGGUUCAUAAGGACCAGCGGUUCGUUCGACCUGUCCGUGAGCGGACUAAGCAUCUCCUCCAGCAUCGCGGUGAAAAGCGACAAGACCGGGCGGCCGACCGUCAGCAGCGCCAGCUGCGGGGCCCGGGUGGGCCGUCUCAAAGUCAAGUUCCACGGGGGGGCCAGCUGGCUGUACAACCUUUUCCGUUCAUUCAUCGGAAAGGCCCUUCGUAAAGCGCUAGAAAAGCAGAUCUGCCCCCGGGUCGCGGAAGCAGUAUCCGAGAUGAACCCCCGCCUGAAAACUCUGAAUGUGCUCGCCAAAGUGGACAAGUAUGCGGAGAUUGAAUAUUCAAUGGCCGCAACUCCCGCCGUCUCACAGCAGUUCAUCGAGUUUGGCCUGAAGGGGGAGUUCUACAACAUUGGAAAGCACCAGGAGCCUCCCUUUGUUGCCGCGCCCUUCUCCCUGGCUGCCAAGAACACCAGCAUGCUGUACAUUGGGCUGUCCUCCUUCACCUUCAACACAGCAGGGUUCGUCUACCACAAGGCCGGGGCGCUCAACCUCUACAUCACAGACGACAUGAUCCCCAAGAAGUCCCCCGUCCGGCUCAGCACGAAGACGUUCGGAGUCCUCAUCCCCGAGAUUGCCAAGCGUUUUCCCAACCUGAUGAUGAAGAUGCUGCUGAAAAGUGCCAAUCCGCCCAAAGUCACCUUUCAGCCUAAGGGCCUGACUGUGGAGGCCACAGGCACUGUGACCGCCUACGCCAUCCUGGCCAAUGGCACCCUGGUGCCCCUCUUCAUCCUAAACCUGGAAGCCAGCGUUAGCGCACAGGCUUACAUUGCAGGAGUCAAAGUGGCUGGGGCUGUGGCCAUCAACAACAUCGGCAUAACCCUGGGCCAAAGCUACGUGGGCCCAUUCCAGGUGAAAUCGCUUGACAAAAUCCUCCUGAUGGUUCUGAAAUUGGUUGUUAUCCCCCUGGUCAAUGUUCGUCUGCAGCAGGGCUAUCCUCUCCCGGCUCUUGGCAAGAUGAGCCUGGUCAAUCCUCAGCUACUAAUUCAGAAGGACUACAUGCUGAUUGGAACAGAUGUUCACUUUGCACCAUGAGCACCGAGGGAUGUCACCUCACAUGACCAUAAACAAUCCGUAAAAUCCCAUUAUUAAUGUGAGCACUGGACUCAUUGCAGUAUUUUUGGUUUUUUUACUGCAUUUUUAUAUUUUCAACACGACAAUUUAUCAGAUGUAUAAAUACUGCACCGUAGUACUCUUUAGUCUCAUAUUCUUGUGCUGGACCAUGAUGUUGAAAUUUUAUUAUUAAUGAAAUGAGUACAGCUGUAUGAAUAAAAACCUACAUUUUAAGAUUACUUUUCAAAUGUGAGAUCUUGCUAAAGUUGUACAAUACUCAUAUUCUACUUUGUUUUUACUAAAUAAUUGGGAAUCGUUCUUAAAUUUUUGUUGUUCUUAAUAAAAGUUCAUAUGAAAAACCAA